AUGAAUCAUGUAUCUGGCGAUAAGGCUAAGGAUCGUUCGCAAGGAGAGCUUACUGGCAUACUCAAGGAACUUGGAUACACAGAAGACAUGUUCAAUAUUGAACUCAAUAAAAUAGUUGCUACUUUGCCGAGCCAGCCUAAAGUGGAUGCAGCAGCCAACCAGCCAUUGGAAAAUUACUAUGCUAUACCUAGAGAUGGUCAAAUCACCCGGCCUGCGUUUUUAGGGGCCCCUGAAUCAGCCCGAUUAUAUAAUAUGGAUCGGUUCAUGGCCAGUUCAGGGGUGAAGGGGUUCAGGCUAUGGCAGGGAUGCGUUGUUGAACUGACGCUCUAG